AUGGCGACUGGUGUUAGACCUAUAGGAUUUGAGAUGAUGGAAGAAGGGAUCAAUGUUAAUCCACAACCUACUGACAACAUAGAUACUUCACCAUUAGUAGAACCUAAUAAUGUACCAAUAGGAUUUGAAGAUCAAGCUAAUCCAGCAUAUGUGGCUGAUGAACCAAAUCGUAAUAACAACGCAGAAAGACCAAAAGUACAUAAAGUUUCAUUUAAUGUGGAUCCAAAAGAAGGGGAGGUAACUGGUGGUCCAAGAACUAGAGUAGCUAAAGAUGGAACAGAGGAACCAGACAUUGGUUGCGCAAUUGGCAUGGUGGAAAUAGAAGCUAUAGGUAUUCUUUAA